AACUCGGAUAUGUUCAGCGAUAAAAGCGAUCCCUAUUUACACAAUCUAUCUCCCAAAUGUUGCGCUCUACGUUUCAUUUCCGGUGGUAAGCCCGCCCCCGAGCCGCUCCGACCAAUCGUGCCAGCACGCGCACCAGCUGUCUUUGUUGCUGGUCGCUCCUCGAGGUAUUUCUCUGAGUUUCUCUCUCGAUUGUGCCGCGUUACAGUCGCAACAAAUCCUUGAAUCUCAUCGGACUUUAGAGAUCACUCGUUUUUUUGCCGUGUGUUAAUGAUUAAGCAUUCAUCGAUGGAGUAAGAUGUUUGGUCAUAAAGACGAUGAUUAUCUUGUUACACAUGUUUAACAGCGUGUAACAAUGUUCCGCUAUGAGCUUGCAGAAUACUGUGCCGCGAGUUAUACUGUACGGAUGGGAAAAGUUAUCGUUUCUCUAACUUUCUCUGCUUUCGCAGUUAUCGUUUUGCUUGUGGUAAUUUAACAGAGAACCCAUGCGCCAUGAUCACUAUUGUGAUUUGUGGGUGAUGCCCUCAAACAAAUUUUGAAGGUAAAUAAUUGUUUUAAUUUUGGAUUUUUGUGAGAUUAUGAAUGCAUUUGUGGAGCUGUGCUUGUAAUCAUUGCUUCAACUGCUCACUCCAUUGAACGAGCAGAGCUCUCAAAAUCAAUACCGCCUUCCCUGUAUUUAAAUUCAUCCCGGAAUUUGAUCCCCAACAUCUGCCACUGUGAUACUGGCGAGUGGCGCCUAUGAUGGAUCGUAAUGAUAUUAACCAGGCGGAAGCCGGAGCGGAUCUCGAUAAGGAAAACACCGUCCCGGUCGGCUCCGUGAGCGGGGAUUGUCAGAACAUGACGGAGACAGUGACUCUGAAGAGGAUCGUGGAGGCCUUCGGGAUUGGGAUCAAUGAAGAGCAGGCCUGGGCCAUACUCCACCAGACAACCGGCUACCUCAGGCGAUCCAUCAUCAGCCAGAGCAACCGGUCAGACAAGAGAUUAGCCACUAAUGCCGCCGCCGACAGCACUUCCGGAUGCGGUUGUCUGGCGGCGCCCGAGAUGGACAACCUCUUUCUUGAGCGUGAUGGCGGUGUUUUUCUACAAAUGUCCGGAGAUAAUAAUGGAGAGAAACGUGUGAAGCCGGAGGUCUUUCUGGAAAAAUUGGCCUUUACUGUGUUUGAGGCAUGCCAGUUCGGAUUAACAGAAGGACAAGAAGCUAGUCUUUCGGAAGAGUUAACGAAUUUCCUGGAAAGUUUAGCCCAGGGAGAAGUUACGCAGACUGUAGAAGCGGAAAGGACUGUAGUUAAACCGGAAAGGUCUGGGAAUGUUGAACCGGUGGACUGGAUCGAGCCCGGAAAUGGUUCGGAAGAAGAGGAUUAUUUUUCGGACGAUGUCAACCUUCGAGUUAUUGAUCGUGUCGUGCAAGUAUGUGCGGAUCGGAUCCAAGAAACAACGCAAGCGGAUACGCAUUAUCAAGCAGUUUGUCACGCGCUUGUCGUGGAAUGUCUGGACUUGAUAGAGUUUUUAAAGCGGGUGCAGUCUAAGAAACCGAGGGUGAAAAAAAUGGGUGGAGCCCAUGAGGCGGAAAUUGACAGGACCAGUAUGUCGUUGGCCGACGAAUUUCGUGACUGGGCCAAAUUAUGGAUGCAGGUUGUGGGGAAAUUACGAGAGGGAGUCCAACUGCGCAAAGUGGCCUCUUUGGCCCGGGCGCCCAUUGUGUACGAACUGACGCCUUAUGAGAUGCUCAUGGAAGACAUCAGGUUGCGGCGCUACUCUCUCAAAAAUACACCGACUCCAGAAUCAUCACCAAGGAAAAUGGAUGCCCACGAUAUUAUUCUGGAGUACAUACGUUCCCGACCACCACUCAGUUCGGUCGACAAUCGUAUUUUGCGUCCUAAGAAAGAGAACUUCACAGCAAUAGAACUGCUAAUGGACAGUAUUCGUCAUUUCAAACUAGGAACCCUUCGCCAUCCUCCGCCACGACCGGCUAAUCGUACUGGAGAACAAUCAGAAGUACGACGCGAGAAAUCCAUUAUACAACCUGGUGCAUCAUUUGAGAUGGAUAAGUCAAGCGAGAUAAUUGUUCCCGACAUAAACAAUGCGACUAACGCACCUAAAAGGCGUCUCGUGUUGCCGGAUGUGGAUUCCGCUCCGCCGGUAGACUUCCUGACCUCCGUGGGCGAAGAGGAUGAUCUACUAGUGGUGAAGACGGUGGAGAAUGAUAGUGACGACGAGGAUGGGGAUUAUCUGCCGGGCGAACAUAAUCUGCCUAGAUCAAAACAGAGAUAUUCCGAAGUCGUUUCGCUGACACUGGAUGAAAUCGCUUUAAUUCGAGGCGCGCUGGCCAAAGCGGAACUGGAGAAUCUGGAAGAGCAGGAUAUUGCGCUGUACAACGCCAUCCGACGAUCGAAAGUGUGUUACAGCUGCAAACGCGCAAAGUUUACCUUCUCAUGGCUCUUUCGGGACACCGGCAUCAAGUGUCACCUGUGUCAGAACACCAUUUGUUUGGCUUGUGCUCGCGAGAUGAUGCUGCCGACAGAGCGCUUGGAUCGUAUUCCGGUUUACACGCUAAGUCCUACGAUUGCACCGGAAGAUGAACCAUUUCCGCAUCUACAGCAACACGCCCAGCCAGUCAGUCAAGAUCUCUUGAACAAAAGGCCCUUAUCCAACCACGGUUACGCGUCUUAUUCAGCGACGUUGCCUCGACCGCGCAGCUUUGGCCGUCCCGGUUUACUGCGUAGCCAGACGCAGGAUUUGGCGUCCUUGACUCUUCCCAAAUCUACCGUCCGCCAACGUCCCCCUCUGCAGCGCGGCAUGACCGUCAACGGUACCGUGCCAGAGAGGUCACUGGAUGUGACGGCCUCAUCUUUUCCUGAUAGUACGAAUAAACGCGGAAGUCUACCAAACGACGCCGAUAGUGAACGCAUCAUCGUCCAGGUGUGCGUGGAAUGCCACAGCGUUCUCUAUCAUGCCAUCGUGGAAAGCCAGAGCCAGUUGGCGGCCAUUUAUCCGCGACGAGAACAAGGCCUGGUUCAGAUCGGUAUCGGCAGUCGAUCGGCUCGAAACCCUGGUAAAGCGUUGGUGACGGCCUUCCGUGCCAGUUCAUCAUCAUUGUAUGAUGAUCUCCGUAAUCCUUCUCGGAGUAACUCCCAUUAUUCGCUCUCCAGUGCCGGCUGCCUGCCGCGCGUGCCCAGCAACGCCACAGUGGCGCCGGCCUUCUACACGUCGUCUUCCAGUGUGGUGAGCGAUUCGCAUAGCGAUUCCUUGGACGAUGAUCUCAACAACGAAGAAAUGGAAGAUUUCCUGGACGAGUUGCCGGUGGGUGACCGCGUGGCGGUCUCCACGUCGCCCAUGUCCGUGUCGCGCUCCGAUUCCACAACAUCCGCCUCCAAUUCGGAGUGCGGAUCGUCUUCCAAACCGGCAGUGUUCUUUACUAACCAUAUUUGAGAAAUGACUGAAAUUUUGAUUUAUUUUGAGAGCUCUGUAUGUUGGGACUUAUGAACUGUGAAUCUAAUUUCCGAAUGACAAAAUUAAUAUUUUGAAAGUUUUUACGAAUGCUGUGGUACCAGUCAACUGCAGAACGGUACGAUCUUAAGAAAGCGAGAGAUUAAGCUCCAACUGUCUGUGAGUUUUUAGAUGUUAAAGAUUGCGUUGUAGAAAGUGUUAAUCACAGGUUUCUAUGAAAAAAUGAUAUU